AUGAGUCAAAACAUGAUGGAGACCCUUUAGAAAAUGAUGAAUGCUCUGGAUUAGCUUACAAAAAACAGUGAAUCUCUAUCUUAAAAAAAGAUAGAUGAGUACUUACUAGUACUUUAAGGAAUAGUUAAAUAAUAGUUACCUUUGAAAAGCCCAUUCAUUAACAGAUUUUUUUAAGCAUUAUUAUAGACUUUGAUUACUCAUAAAAAAAGAAAUAAUUUAGAUGAAAACCAAAUAGAGUAGAUUUUAGAUAUCUAUAUAUCUAUGAUGAUACAAGAACAAUCAUAUGAUUUUAGUUUUAUUAAUAGUGAAGCCAUGUAUAUUAAUUUAGCAGCUGUUUUGAUUUAAUUCUGUUUAGAGUAAAUUAAAACUUCCUCAUCGAAAUCAAUAGUUAAGAAAUGCUUAGUUUUAGUUGCUGAAACAUGGUAAAAAUUUGAGAAGAAAAAAGAAGUUUAUCCAUAAAUUUGUUCAACUCUUUUUAAAAUACUGAAUAAUGAAUUUAAUAAUUAAGUGAAAAUGUCUAAAAGCAAAUACAUAGCCCUAAAUGUACUGGAUAUGACUAUGUUUGAUCUGUUUAGAGAUAAAAGAGUUCAAAGUAAAGAAAAUAAAAAAAGCGAAAAAAACUUAGAGAUAAAAAAUUUUGUAGUAGAUUUCAUGAAAAAUACUAAUUCUUCAAAAAUUAAGAUAGAUUAGAAUAAAUAGGAAGUUAGUUUUGAUCAUGUAGCAAUUAAUAAAAUCAAAGAUUUUAUCAAAGUGAUAAAUUAAAACAUCGAAAAAGCUAUGUAGUUUGGAAGCAAAAAGCUAUUUAAAUAAUUUGCUAGAUUUUGCAUUAGGUGUAUAGAGAUAAAUGCAUUUGAUUUGGAAACUUUGACAAAUAUUAUUCAAAUAUUUUUUUAUGUCGAUUAAGAUUAUGAUAAGUUAGAAUAAGCAAAAGAUCCUCAAAUAAAAUAAUCUAAAUACUUAGACAAAAGUAUCCCACUUAGGUAUAGAGCUUUGUAGGAAAAAAAAGACUUGUAUGAAAAUGAAUAGUUGAAUCCUAAGAUGAUUGAAUAGCUUACAAAGAAGUAUAGUAAAAGUGAGAUUAGUUUAUUGAUGGAAAAUCUAAAAUAGACAAUGCUAAUUGAAAUUAAAAGACUUCCUCACUUGGUGACUGAACUUAUGGAGGAAAAGUAUUAAAAAACACUGAGAAAAUUAUAUAGAAUAUUUGAGAUUUCAAAAGAAACGAAUACAGAUUGCUUCUUGCACAAUGAAAAAUAACUGAUUUGUGACAGUAUAGAGAAAUCUUUGAAAUUUAAAUUCAACUUAAAAAUAAAAUUAAUGGAAAAUUCUCAAAGUGUAAUUCCACUUAAAGAAAUAGAUUUAAAAAAUCCUAUUGAUGAGAAAGAAUUAAGAGACAUGAAUAAUAUUUAUAAAAAAAUAAAAACUUACUUAAUUGUGCAAUCUCUCCCUAUUGCCAAUUAUAAAGAAGACAUACUCAAAGAAGUCAACAGAAUACUUUAUUCCUUAAACAAGGAAGUGUCUAUUUUUAUAUUCGAGCAUUUUUAUUCUAAUUUAGUUUAAAUUGAUUAUGAAAAGUAUUUAUUAGAAGGUUCUGUUUCAUCUAACUUGUUAGCAACUCUUUGCCAAUACCACUAUAUCUUACAAUAAUUAACAAUCUGUAAUUUUUAGGCAAAUUUAGCUAAUUCCUCAAAAAAAUAAGAUACCUUUUAACUUUCUACAUAAGCUUUUAUUGGUGGCUGCUUUCAUGAAUAAAUUGCUCUGCAAGAAAAGAAUUUUUCAGUAGGAUCUAAAAUUCACUUUUAGCAGUAUUUUGAUCAUCUCAUGGUUUUGGAUUUUUAUGAAAACUUUGAAAUAAAAUCAGAAGACAUAGAAACAUUGUAAAUUUUGGCAAUUGAAAAUGCUUACUAUUGCUAUAAAUUGAUUGAAAAUAAUUAUCAAAAUACAUUAAGAUUACUAACUUUUUUAUUGAAAAAGCACUCAAUAGAUAACUACUCAAUCAGAUAACUAACUGAAUUAUUAAUAUCUACUUUAUGCUAUGAGCAAUAAAAAAAUUAGUAGAGCCAAGAGAUAAUCACUUAGAAAUAAAACUAAGGAAUUAAAGAUUUUAUUUAAAUUUAUUCUAGCAGUAUAGUAUAAAGGAGUUUAGUACAAAUAAGAUAAAUUGACAUGUUGUAAGAUAAAGAAGGUCCUUUUAGAAUUAUGGAUUAACUAUUUGUAAAAUUUUAGGGCUUUCACUAUCUUUCGAAUGAGGUAGAAAAUGUUAUAUCAACUCUAAACAAAUGUUAUGACAGAUUUUAUAUAAGAAGUGAUCACUCAUUUAUCAGACUCUAUUUAGAGUUUUUUGCUUCCUUCAUUAAAUUUUGGAAUGAAAAUACAGAAUUGAAAUAAUUGACAUUGGAAGAAAUUAAAAAAAAGAAAGAAGAAUACAAAAAGUAUAGCGAUGAUUCUAAUUCUAAUAGUGAAUAGUAUAAAUAAGAUAAAGAAGAAUCUAAUAUGAAUGAUUUCCUUCUAGGUAGCAAUGAAGAUGAAGAAAAUAAAAAAUUAAGAAUGGGAAAUAUUGUUAGACAUCUAUUGAUAAGAAUUAAAGGGCUAGUUACUUCUAAAUAAAAGAUUAGUUCUGUGAUGACGUUAUAAAUUUUGUAAAGUAGCUUGAAAAUACUUUAUAAGUAAAAAUAAGAAAGAGAGAAUGACAAUGUUAAUUUUAGCACAAACGAUCCAGAAAAUAUUCACAUUCCUGAUUCAUUAGGGCCGAUAUUGCAUGAGUUUGAAGGAAGUUUCUUUUAUAUCUUAAAAGAUUGUGCUUUGGAGUCAUCUCAAUAUUUGGCUAGUGGAUUAUAAGUAAUAAAUAUUUAUGUCAGAAUUUUAGAUUUCACAGAGGCUUAGUAUGCUUUUUUGAUGGUAAACAAUGUCAGAAAGAAUUUAGCUCCACUUUUGCUUAAUAUUUUAAAAAUUUAUACAGUUGAUUUUAAAAAUUCGAUUAGAGGCAAGUUAAGUAAGGCUAUAGUGCAAUUUUUUGUUGGAUAUAUUUCCAGAAGGUCAGAUGAAAAAUUCCUUAGAUCAGAAGAUAGCGCUGAAGACGACAAAAUAAUUGACGAUUUAAAGAAUUUUAAAUAAGGCUUAAUUAAAUUUUUAAAAGAAAGCAAAGGCAACGAGUCAGUGAGCAAGAUUUAUGUAGAUAUAAAUCAAGAAAUUUAUAAUAUGCUAGAUGAAAUAGUUUGA